CCUGAUGAAUAAUGUUAAUGCCUUUGACCUGCGUUGCUUUGACCUUAGACCUUCCAGUCAGUCAGACUCACCCUCUCUGCUUAUAGUGCUUAGCGUUGCUGUAUCAGUGUAGGACGACAAGCUUAGUUACUUUUAAACAGAAAUGGCAGCAGCAGCUCCUCCACAAGUUCAAUGGAUGCCACCUCCCCAGCAAGGCCUUCCAGGCUGUCCUCCUGGUCUAGAAUACCUCACACAAGUUGAUCAGCUUCUUGUUAAUCAGCAGAUUGAACUACUAGAGAUAAUGACUGGGUUUGAGACUCAAAACAAGUAUAAGGUCCGUAAUUCUUUGGGACAGCAGGUCUACUUUGCUGCUGAAGAUUCAAAUUGUUGUCUGCGUCAAUACUGUGGACCCUCUCGUCCUUUUGGCAUGCAAAUCCUUGACAAUAACCAGAGAGAGGUCAUCCAUCUUGAGAGACCGUUGCGUUGUUCCUCCUGGUGUUGCUUCUGUUGUCUCCAGACAAUGGAGGUACAGUCUCCCCCUGGAACUGUCAUUGGUUUCGUAGAACAGGAUUGUAGUCUUGUAUAUCCUUGGUUCUCGUUGAAGAAUGCUGAUGGAGAGACUGUUCUCAAAAUCAAGGGACCACUCUGCCCUUGCAAAUGUUGCUAUGAUGUAGAGUUUCAGGUAUUGUCAGCUGACGGUACACAAGAGGUUGGUAAGAUCAGUAAGAAAUGGUCUGGGCUAGCUAAAGAGUAUUUCACUGAUGCUGACAACUUUGGAGUCACAUUUCCGAUGGACUUGGAUGUGAAGAUGAAGGCUGUAAUGUUAGCUGCAACAUUCCUUAUUGACUUUAUGUUCUUUGAGGAUAAUCAAAACAACAGAAACAAUUAGAUAAUACUUUUCAUGUCUAUUUACUGCUAAAAUGUUAUGUAUAAGGAACUGAUUUUUUCACUGUGUAUGAUUAGUUUUAAUGAGAAAUCUAGAAAAAACAUUA